UCCUCCCCACGUGUCUGUGUGGAGCAGAGUCAACAUGGUAUCACAGCAGCAGUAGACUACAGCUGUCUUGAGUUAAACUCCACUUCAGCAGCAGCUCUCCGCACCACGUUCCUGGGCUAGCUACACCCGGAUGAGAUAGCUAAAGCUGAACGGUGAAGUGUGCAGGUUGCACCCCCUUCCCCUCUCCCCCAAGAUUUGCCCAUCUCACCUUCUUGCUCUGAUCACAUCAACAUGGCCAGCGGUGAUGAUGACGACCCCAUUAUAGAGGAGAUCGACGUGUACCUCGCCAAAAGCCUCGCAGAUAAGCUGUAUCUUUUCCAGUACCCUGUGCGACCAGCCACCAUGACCUAUGAUGAUGUCACCCACUUGGCGGCUAAGAUCAAACCCAAGCAGCAAAAGGUGGAGCUGGAAAUAUCCAUGGACACAGUGAGUCCAAACUACUGUCGCAGUAAAGGAGAGCAAAUCGCCCUAAAUGUGGACGGCACGGGUUAUGACGAAACCAACACCUACUCUGCUAAAAUGAUGGACAAGCAGACCUUCUCCUCCAUCCAGGCCACCACCAACACCUCCAGAUACGCAGCUGCUGUGUUUCGCAAAGGUGAGCUUCACGUCACACCUCUGACUGGAAUUCUUCAGAUGAGGCCCAGCUUCUCUUACCUGGACAAGGCCGACAACAAAACCAGAGAGAGGGAGGCGGCCAAUGAAGGUGGAGACUCCUCCCAGGAUGAAGCUGAGGAGGAAGCCAAGGCUAUUACGGUGAGGUUUGCUCGUCCCGAGUCGGAGCAGGCCAGACAGAGGAGGAUCCAGUCAUACGAGUUCCUUCAGAAGAAGCAGGCGGAGGAGCCCUGGGUUCACCUGACCUAUCACGGAGUCAAGGGCGGGCGCUCGGAGCAUGAAAGGCAGUACCUGUUCUGUCAGUCAGUGGAUGCCUCGGAGAACUCUGAACUGGUCAAAACUCCAAAGGAGUAUCUGGCGAUGUUGAUGCCGCCUCUUGCAGAGGAGAAAGUGGUGAAGCCUGUGGGUCCCAGUAAUGUGCUCUCUAUGGCCCAGCUCCGCACUCUGCCACUCGGAGAGCAAGUCAAGACUCUGAUGAAGAAUGUGAAGGUAAUGCCAUUUGCUAAUUUGAUGGGCCUGCUCGCGUCUGGCACAGACUCGACCUCAGUGCUGCGCUGCAUCCAACAGGUGGCGCUGCUGGUUCAGGGGAACUGGGUUAUCAAGAGUGAUGUUCUGUAUCCCAAAAACACCUUCAGUGCUCACAGUGGUGUUCCUGCUGAGGUGCUCUGUCGUGGCAGAGACUUUGUGAUGUGGAGGUUCACUCUGGAGCGCUCUGUGAUGAGAAAGGAGAUUGCAUCAAUCAUCAAACUUCCCCCAGAAGACGUGAAAGAGUUCCUGGAACAUGUGGCAGCUCCUCGGGCAAACCGGGGCUGGGAGUUCCUGUUGCCUACUGAUGUAGACUUUAUUAAGAAACACCCAGAUGUUGCCCACAGGCAGAACAUGUUGUGGCUUGGCAUCCAGAGCAAGCUGGAAAAGGUGUUUAAUUUCUCUAAAGAAGACUUUGUGCCAAAGAAGUCCGCUCAGCCUGAUCCUGUCCACAUCAGCGGGCAACAGCGUCUGAAGAUGGCUCAGGAGCGAGUGCAAGAAAACCAGUCGACUCUGCAGAAGGACCUGGAGGACAGACGCGCAGGAAGCAGCAUCCACAUCAAACAGGAGCCCGUCAGCAACAGUGAAGACGAGCCAAUGGACACAUCCUGCUCCUCCUCAAUCCCCAACGGUUCUCUCAAUGGUUACCCCAGUGCCACCUCCCCCGACUUUGAUCACACCAACGGAGGGAGUCCCGCCAACACGGCGUCCCCGGAGCUGCAGGACUUUGUGAUAAAGACUUUCCGGAAGCAUUUUGUGAUCACGUUGAAUGAGCUGAAGAGGCUGUUUAACCUCCACGUGGCGUCCAUACCGGUCGGCCGGAGCGUCUUCCACUCCAUCUCAGAUCACAUGCUACAGGACGCCAUACUGCUCAGCCAACAGUGCAAACAGAUAAUGGUGCCUUUUCCUGCUCAGACCAAAGCAGCCCCAGAUGAACAAAAGGUGUUUGGCUUGUGGGAGACCGGAGAGGACUUCGACAAGCACCGCCGGCUGCUCUAUGAUGUGUUCACCAAGAACUACCGGGUCAGGAGGAACAUAAUCCAGGCCAGACUGGCUCAGGAGCUUGGAGACGUGUCUAAAGCUGACAUCGACCGGCUGCUUAAUGAGUGCUGCAGCAGCCACGCAGGGAUGUGGUACCUAAAGGGAACAAUACAGUCCUGACCCCGGGAGCCUCCCCCCAUGCAGUCACCCCCAGCCAAUCAUAUCCACUCUCAGGUGUCCCGCAGGAGGGCAGUGGAAAGAUGAGAGCCAAUCACAGCAGCUCGCCCCGCUCUGAGAGUGGGCGACUAGAGGACAAAGCUGUGCUCAGAACAAGAAGCUUUUCUCAUUUCAGCUGAAGCAUUUCUGAUCUUCGUGUGAGCGCCCCGACUCAGUGGGAGGACUGAAGCUCCCCACGUACUCUGACAGCUCGAAAGCCUGAGAGGGAGGAAAAAAAUGAAGAACUAGAAAGAUGAAUAUUUGCGGUUUAUUGGUAGUUUUUUUUUUGUUUGUUUGUUUGUUUUAUUGCAUUUAUGACCUGAAAUCUGAUUAUUCUUUAGCUAAACCUUUUCCACAUCAGUUUGCUGUUUACAAUUGAAAGCAGCUGUGGCUCAGAGUGCUUUCACUUCACCCCUCCUUGGAAAUUUCCUCAGAGAAAAAACACAUUUUACUUUAUUGCUUCACCAACAAGGCAAAUGUUGUUUAAGGCCUUUUAGGCACCAAAAUUCUCCCUUAGUUUUUACACUUUCACCAAUCUGACUUUAAGGAGUAUCAGCUGAGUUUGAUAUUUUUAUUUAUUGCAUAAAAGAGGAAGGUGGGUUUAAAGGGUUCAAUGCUUAGAUAAAAUAUGGCUGAAUACUGUAAGAAAAAAAA